AUGCAACCGACCUCCGCGGCGGAUGCUAGGCCGCCGCGCGCAUCACGCAGGUACCGCGUCCUAUUUUGGCCACAUGUUGUGAGUACGCCGACCUCUGCCCUCAGUGGCACCGGCGAUGGCAACCGAGACGAGCCCGUUGAGCUCAGCGCUCGACUCAAACUCAAACUUGGCCAGGUGUAUCUGCACCUCACGCACCGACCCCGUGAAGCGACUUUGCCGGAGCAUCCUGCAUCUGCGCCGGCGACUCCGGCUGGUGGCGCCAGAGCGAAACAGUCAUCCCUCGCGCCAUUGAAACGUUUCUCGAGGCAGAGCCGGUGGCUCCUAUUAUCGCUCCCGCCCAGUAGGAGCUCACUGCACCGGCACCACAGCCCCGUGACAUCACUCGAGAAGAAGCACGAGCAUGCGGGAGCGCCAUCGACGUCGUCGACCAGUUGUGCUCACCUGCACCCAAAGCAGCACUAUAUUGUUGCAUUGACCGAGAUCUCGCCCCUUGCCGCACAGUUGCCACUAUCGGCGGAGCUGCGCUCCAGCCUGCAUCUCAAUCGUGUAGACCGGGACGCGGCUACCUACUCGUCCCACUCCACCCCGCGUGCGCCGUUCAUGAGUCUUGCCAGCUGGGAUUUGUCAGGGGCACCGUCUGCGCUGUCGUCGAACUUCUGCUGUCCUCUCGGCUGCGACCUUGCUGCAACGUCCGCUCGUCCAUGGGACAGCAACUCAUCUGCACGUCGAGCGUCUAGCGGGCGUGCAAGAAGUACAACAGCCACCCACGGACAGUACCUCGAUGUGGCGGAGCCGCUGCGCUCAAGCACGCGCACCCCGCCGUCACCGCUGCUCACAGCGUCGAGCAAAGGCAUGGGCUGUGGGCAAUCGAGCUCCUGCCCUGGCGAAGGUGACGCGACGAGGGCGCAUCACUCUCCGUGCACGUGGACAUCGCCCGUCCCGCGCGGAAGGGGAAGUCAGCUACUCACGCCGCUCGUCGACAAGGCACCUGCAUCUCAGACGCUUCCUAUCACGCACCUCAGCAGUGCCAGUUUUAGCAGCUUGACCUUUCCGCAGACGCACGCCGCGAACUUACGCCUCUCCACCGAAAACUUUAUCCUCGACUACGAGGAGCUGCUUGGUGUCACCUUCUUCGGUGUCCCGGAGACAGCCGGCGUCGGUAACUGCUCCUCCAGCGACGAUGAGGGACAUGGACUGCUGGACAAGAGUAGGAGAUUUGGCGACCGUAAGCUGUAUGAGACGCUUCUGAGCUCUAUCGUGCCACCGAAGCAGAAUCUGUGGCGGCCGCAGAGCGCGAGGGCCGCCUCGCAUCCCUCCGAGGUGAUCAGCGAAGAUCACCGGGGCGCAGCGACGCCGCUGCACUCGCCGCGCAGACAGCUACCGACCCCCUGGAAAGGCAACCAUGCAACACGGUCACCUGCCUUCGCGCCCACUGCUCAUGUGUGCGCGCAGCAGGUGCUGGAGCUGCCCUUCAAGCUCAACCAGGCCCAGGCGUUUUGCCUGCGCUUCCUAAACGAGGCCGACCUGCGUCAGUUCCUGAGCUACUACAUCGAAAUGCAGACGUACGUAAAGCAGAUGCAGGGGAAGAGCGCAGCCGCCAAGAGAUGGGCGGAGGCAGGCGGACGCGACAGUGGUGGUAGGCAGCUGGCCACCUCUCGACUGGCCGAAGGUGACGAAGAGAACUCGGUCAGCAGCGAGUAUGAGGUGUAUCAGAGAGACAGCACCACGAACUCUCCCCGCUCUCCGUCCACCGCGACCUACCAUGAGCACUCCCACCAUUCAAUGGCCUUGGGUCCAAGGGGCAGUCCGCUCUCCACCGAGAUCGUCUCGGAUGAUCUGCUGAGGGAUAGCCAGCCAGCGGCAUCAGAGGGGAUCGAUGGUGGGCAACACGAUAACAGCAAGCGCUACACGGAAUUAAGAGCUCUAUCGACUCCAGCUCGGACCACGGCUCGUAGCCAUGAUUGGCAAGAGUACCUGCGAUGGAAAGGGGACCCCCGCUACGGCAUCAGCUAUGCCACCGUCCCGCUGUUUCUGUGGCACUCGUUUCUUCGGCUCGCGUCGUCGGUGCUCUACACGUGCCAGCGCGGCUUCCUCAUUGUGAAGCGUCUUCCAACACCGAGCUCGCCUGACCACAGCGAGUAUGGCAGCCACAGCGCCCGCUGUGCGGAGCUGGAAGCAUCAAGGGAGGCUUCAAAGCAGCGCCUGAAUGACCUUGUAUGUCGGCCGCUCAGCCCAAUCGGCGCUGCGCUGGAGGUAGCGCCACCCACGAUGCAGCCGCGACAGCGUCAGGCUUCGCCGAGGCCCGAAGGCGUCUCCGAGCGGUGUCCGACACCACUGGUCCCGGUGGCCGCUCCGAAGUCACUGCCGUCUGCGUCUACGACCAGGUCGAGCUGCGAUGACGUGAAGCUCGUUUUCCACUCUGUCGCCAGCGCCCCGUGCCAGCGCACGGAUGAACACAUUACCACCUUCAAGGACGUCUUUCUAUGCCUGUCAGAGUCCCACCUGCUCUUCAUGAACUCAUUCGGACACGUCUGGUUCCACUUCAGCGUCGACGAGAUCGUCCUGAUCACCCACUCCGCCGCAAUGGACUCGUUCCCGACGCACCCCUUCCUUCACUUCCGGCUCAAGCCCAGUGAGUGCUUCGAUACACCCACAUUUGUUCUCCUGUUUACCUUGAUUCCAGAUGUACCUCGCCACGUGCAACUCGCACGUGCUAGCGCCUCGCUGCGCCCACCAGGAGCCGAGCCAGCCACGCAGCGUGGUUCUGCACAAUCGACAUCGUCUCCGUCAGUGAGUGUAGAGAGAGCAACAUCCUGGGCUAGUGAACAGGCCCCGGGCGAAUUGGUUGCCGUGACCGACAACUGCGUGAGCCUCGUGGAGGCCGAAGAGAAGGAACGGCUUCUGUGCCGCCACAAAGCGCUGCUCAACAUUUUCGAAACGGUCUGCCCGCGGCCGGUGGAGUGGUGCACCUUCACGGAGCUGAUGCGCGGCGAGAACAGCAAGGCAUACCGCGCACGCUUGAGGCAACUACUCUUACGCGCUUCGACCGGGGUGUCCGGCUCUCCUCUGGUCGCCAACUCCUCCCGUGUGUACGCGGGCGCUUCCUCGUGGAUGGCGCAGCAGCACAGCACAACCCCGAUCCUCUGUGUGAAACUAACCGCAGGAGACAUCAGCUUUGCGGAUUCCGACACACGGCGGUCGGAGGGAGCGCAUCCCCCGGCCAAUCAGCUGCCACUCGCGUCAUCGAGGUCGUUCAGUGCCCGACAGGCACAGGACUCGCAGCGGCGGUUGUCACCGCCACACAGGACGCCGGACGGAUCUCGAAUAAGUGCCUUUGCCGGACCGACGCUUCGCUGGGGUCGCGACGAUCCCGGCAUAGUGUUGCGGGAUGCGGGGCACGACAUGGACUUUUCAUUUGAGCGGGCCACCCGCACCAUGCCGCUGCUGGCAUGCAAGGAGGCGGUGACGCAGGACUGCGGCGCGUCCUCGCAGGCUUUCCAGUCGCACGGUCUCUACCCGACUCACUGCGGCUCGGGCUCAGCUGAAGCGAAGCAGAAGAACGAGGAUGGGGAUGGCAAGGGCAGCAGCCGUGGGGAUGCAGAGGACAUGUACGUUCCAAUGGCAUGCAAGAAGCGGCACAGUAGCAUUGUGCGCCGUGUUUCCAUGAAGGAGCUGUAG